AUGUGAUAAACGGGAGAAGAAAUUGGAAAGAGAAAGAAAGAUCGAAGGUACGAUUCGUAGAAAAGAAACGGCGGUCGCUGUAAGAAGAAUAGAGAAGUAUAUAGGCGGGAGAAAAAGAGAAGUUAACCAUCAAAUCAGAGAAGGAAAGGUGAAGAACGGAGGAGAGUCAAGCAAUAGUUGAUCCAUUGGACAAAUAGGCGAACGGACAGAAGAACGUAUUACGAAAUUGAAGUAAGAAGGCACGUUGUUCGAGAAAAAAAGUGGGAGAGAGGAAGAAACGAGUAGACGAACGGACGAACGGACGGACGGACGGACAAACGGAUAAACGGACGAACGGACGAACAAACGAACGAACGAACGAACGAACAUACGUACGUACGAACGAACGAACGAACGAACGAACGAACGAACGAACGAACGAACGACGAACGACGAACGAACGAACGAACGAGUCGGCCAAACGGGGUGAGGAGGAGCCAAGAGAGACAGAGGCAAAGCGAGGUAGGUCGACGUCGUGGCACGGGCUUAUACCGCGCACACGGAGUAGCCUACCUACCACCCAUCGUGCGAGUUCUCUCACUUUACGUUCUCUCUCUCGGUACGAACGAUACCAAGGCUGCUGCGAACCGAUUAUAUUGCUUUUGAGCGAUUCUACCAGUAACGGAAGAAAAGAAGAAGCAAAGUACGAAAAGACUAGUUAAUCAAAUUCAAAAAGAAGGCUAAGGAAGCAGAGAAGAAGGGGAGAGAAGAGGCGGAAGAGAAAUUGCGAUAACCGCGAGGGUCUGCCCAAGACCCCCGUCGGUCCAAACGUAUCGCGUUCGCGAUAAGACAUCGCCAUGGCGGAGGAACAAGAAACGAAUAACACGUGCGAGGAUUCUCUCGGUCCUGGUGAUACCACCACUGCUUUUGCCAAGAAACUACGGGGCCGGAAAGGAGCACUCAAGAAGAAAAAUGUGUACAUGGUUAAGAAUCAUAGCUUUAUGCCACGUUUCUUCAAACAACCCACAUUCUGCAGCCAUUGCAAGGACUUUAUAUGGGGCUUCGGAAAGCAAGGAUAUCAGUGCCAAGUCUGUAGUUUCGUCGUUCACAAGCGAUGUCACGAAUACGUGACCUUUACCUGUCCUGGAGCGGACAAAGGAGCUGACUCGGACGAUACGCGGACGAAGCAUCAAUUCAAGCAACACACCUACAACAGCCCCACGUUCUGUGACCACUGCGGUAGUCUUCUCUAUGGUGUCAUCCACCAGGGCAUGAAAUGCCAAGCAUGCGACAUGAACGUACACAAGAGAUGCGAAGAGAGCGUCCCGAAUCUUUGUGGAUGCGAUCACACCGAAAGACGUGGUCGUAUACAUCUUUACAUCACUGUUUCCGGUAGCAAGAUGACCGUCGAAGUAAAGGAAGGACGAAAUCUCAUUCCGAUGGAUCCUAAUGGUCUUUCGGAUCCUUACGUGAAAUUGAAAUUGAUUCCAGAUUCGGAUAAUGUAAAGAAGAAAACGAAAACUAUCAAGUCAUCUUUAAAUCCUGAGUGGAAUGAGACAAUUAUAUUCGAUCUUAAACCAGAGGAUAAAGACAGACGGUUGUUAAUUGAAGUCUGGGAUUGGGAUCGAACUUCUAGGAAUGAUUUCAUGGGAUCACUUUCUUUCGGCAUAUCGGAACUCAUUAAAGCGCCUGCUAGCGGUUGGUUUAAACUUCUUACUCAAGAAGAAGGGGAAUUUUAUAAUGUACCUGUGCCCGAAGAGGGAGUUGAUCUGGCAGAACUUAAAAGUAAAAUGCGAAAAACAUCGGUGACGAAAAAGACUCCAACGACGCAGGAUAAAGAUGUACCACACAAUAUGGGAAAGAGCGAUUUGAUAAGAGCAUCGGACUUUAAUUUUCUUAUGGUUCUAGGGAAGGGUAGCUUCGGCAAGGUGCUAUUAGCGGAAAGAAAAGGAACUAAUGAGUUAUAUGCCAUAAAAAUACUUAAGAAAGACAUUAUUAUUCAAGAUGACGACGUGGAAUGCACGAUGGCCGAAAAGAGAGUCCUCGCUCUUUCAAGCAAGCCUCCUUUUCUUGUACAAUUACAUUCUUGUUUUCAAACUAUGGAUCGUCUAUAUUUUGUCAUGGAGUACGUAAAUGGUGGCGAUUUAAUGUAUCAGAUUCAACAGUGUGGCAAAUUUAAAGAACCAGUAGCAGUAUUUUAUGCGUCGGAAAUUGCCAUCGGACUGUUCUUUUUACAUGGCCGCGGUAUCGUGUAUCGCGAUUUAAAGCUCGACAACGUAUUACUCGAUCAGGACGGACAUAUAAAAAUUGCAGAUUUUGGAAUGUGUAAAGAAGGAAUAACGGGUGAUAAAACAGCUAAAACUUUUUGCGGUACACCAGAUUAUAUAGCACCGGAGAUAAUCUUAUAUCAGCCAUACGGAAAAUCUGUAGAUUGGUGGGCAUAUGGCGUACUUCUCUAUGAAAUGCUUGUUGGACAACCACCAUUUGAUGGUGAAGACGAGGAAGAACUUUUUGCUGCAAUAACAAAUCACAAUGUUAGUUAUCCAAAAAGUUUAUCCAAAGAAGCCAAGGAAGUGUGCAAAGCAUUUCUUACAAAAAAUCCGAGUAGAAGGCUUGGUUGCGGUUUCCGUGGAGAAGAAGAUGUUCGUAGUCAUGUAUUCUUUAGGCAUAUCGAUUGGGAGAAGAUCGAGAAUCGCGAAGUGCAACCACCUUUCAAACCAAAGAUCAAACACCCUAAAGAUGUAAGCAAUUUUGACAAACAAUUCACCUCUGAAAAAACGGACUUGACCCCGACGGACAAACUCUUUAUGAUGAAUCUGGAUCAAACGGAGUUCAUGGGUUUCUCGUUCCUCAAUCCAGAGUUUGUGCAACAUAUUUAAGAUAAUAUCUCUUAUUAGCUUUACCUCAUCGGUCUAUUCUUUGUAUAUUAUGACUCAUUAGUCUCUUUAUCUUCUACGACCUUUCCCUUAUUUUUCAUGAUCGAUGUUAUCUGUUUUCACUCAGGGUUACUCUCUCCCUCUCUCUCUCUCUCUCUCUCUCUCUCUCUCUCUGCCUCCCCCACCCUCUCUCUUUCUCUCCCUCCCACUCCCCCACUCUCUCCUACUCUCAUUUUAGUAAUUAUAUCUCUCAUAAUGACAUAAGGGAAUACGGACGAGACGUAAAAUACUUUGUCAUUUUCCAUGUUGUCACAACAUAGAAGAAUCUUUCGAUGUAUUUUUUAAAGAAAUAAAGCGCCAUGUUAGUGCGCACUGUAUUAUUAUGCUAUAAGAUAAAGACGGGACGCCUGGUGCCGAUCGUCGAGGGAUUCGUAGGACGAAUUCUAAUUUUCGAUCUGCGGAGAAUUGUAUUUCAUGGCGAUUGUAAAAAUGAAUCUACUUCUCGAUCAAAAUGAAAAUGUGUAACAAUCGCUGCAUUCGUUCUCCGCGUAUAUUAUGCAUUUACUUCAGUAGUUUCUACUGUCGCCUUCCAGAGUAUAUAUAAUAUAUAUCGAUUGAAGUAAUAUAUUAUUAUAUAUACGUAUACACACAGAGACACUUAUACAGAGAAUUAAGAUAUAUCGAUACGUAUAGAUACAAUUUUUCUGUCUUUCGUUCGAAGUUGCACUUAUUGUUCGUUUAUUUCGCUAAAAUAGCUAACGGGUAGAAAAAAACGAGUUCGUAGAAUUUUUCAAUGUUAAUAAUGUCCAAAUAUUCGUCUAACAAGAACUGCUCCAACAGUAGAUAAAAGUCUCGAUUAGGAACAGAGCUUGUAUCCAUUUUCCUUUAUUAAAAAGAUUAUAGUACCAGUUAAUGAAUAUAGUAACGCAUAGAUGCAUAUUGUUUCAACUUACUGCUUUAUGAAAUCCUUAAUAUAAGUAUUACGAUAUGCUUUCAUCAUAUAUACUUAGAUUUUACACAUUAUUUAUUUCAUUUGAUUUAUCCAAUAUGCAAAUGAAUCAAAGAAUGCUUGUUCAAUUAGUUCCAUUUUAUCUUCAUUCAUUUUAUUUAUCACGUUUCUAUAUCUCUUUCUACCAACAUGUAGCUUAAAUGAUAAACAUAUAUAUAUGUGUGUGUGUGUGUGUGUAUAAAUAUAUAUAUAUAUAUAUAUACACACAUAUAUAUAUAUUGUCGUUAUGAAAGAAGGAUAUGAGCUCCAUUUUCGAGACAAUCAACCGAUAAUAUGAAAGAAUACAGCCAAUACGUGCUUCCGUAUUUAAAUUUGGGAAGAAAAAAUAUAGUAGUUGGCACAUACUUAUGUUUCUUUAUAUACUUGCGAGUGUUUUUGUAGCUGUAGUAUACAAAUACUCGAGAAAGAAUACUUGGUAUUAUGUCAGUGCUCUGUCCCUUUGUUUUAAAACUAAAAUCUUAACGAAUUUUAUUCUUCGAAUUUUGUCAAUCCAACCCUUAAGAUAUAUAAUUUCUCAAUUGUCAGUUGUGCUAAAUAUACUUACGAUACCACAUACAUGUAUAGGUAUUGAAACCUUUAGAUAAACAUAUGUAAAUACAAAUAUAUACGUACGCGCAUGCAUAUACGCGCGUGUGUGUACGUUUGCAUAUGCAUAUGUGUGUGUGCGUGUGCUCAUGCACGAGCGAAAAUAUUUAGACCAUUGAAGUCUUUUAAGGCUGUGCUCGUUAAAUGCCGAAUUUAUUUCACUUGUUACUCGAGAAAUCGAUUCUUUCAAAGCGAAAGUCGUCAAUCGAUUUUCAUCUUUGGUCUUGCAAUAUCAACUCGGGUAAUUAACUACUAAAUGUUACUUUGAAAGUCAAUAUUUUCUCUUACCAUAAGUAGCUCGUACUUUCUACGAUCGUCGAUACGAUAAUUAUUCUUUCAUUAUAUCUCAUAUUGUGUCUUCUCAUCUUUCAAUAUCUUCUUGCAUUUUGUCAUAGAUACAUUAUGCAAAAAGUUUCUUUGUGUGCAGUCGUUGAAACGACAAAAUAUCAUGUCGAACGCAUUCUAUCAAUGAACUAAAUUUCUUCAAAAUUUCUCAUCAACGUUUAUUUCCUAUGUGAUGCGUACCUUAUCCAUUUUAAAUAUAAUAUAGUAUAUAUAACGUACCAUAUUACAUACUCUUUACUUGUUUAAUGACACAUGUGAAAAAAAUAAUAAAAUAAAACUUAAUACAUUA